AUAGGAACGUAAAAUGGUGCGCAUCGCGCGCCUAUCGCCCACUGCGCAAAGGGUUGACUGGCCGCGCGCGCAGCACACGCCACGCGCGCGAAAACUUUAAGUUCAACAUUUUUAAAUUUCAUUUUUAUCAAUAAAUUUAUUAUUUUGAAAGAAAAGGAAAGCUUAAGAAAAUGACGACGCUUUUAAGGAAGAUGUGGAAGAAUUAUCCGAAACACAAAAAGCUCUGCGAAGAAUGGGCGCUGGCGGAGUGCGAGGGUGAGGGUUGGUGGCGAGAGGCGAAGGAGCCUAGCAGCCAGGUGGACGUGCGGUACGCUGGCGCCGCGCCGGUGGAGCGAGCCGCCUCCGCGCCCGCCACCGCGCUCGCUGUGCGCUCCGCUUUACACUCCGCUAAAGGUCUGACCAAGAAGUUGCAGCGAGUGAACCUGGACAUCAGCCCCAAGGGAGUGGUCGUCACUGAUGCCGAGUCUCAAGAGAACGUGCUCAGCAUAUCCAUUUACAGAAUCUCGUACUGCUCGGCGGACGCGGCGAACGCGCGCGUUUUCGCGGUGGUGGAGGGCAAGGGCGCAGGCGCGGCAGAGUCGCACGUUGCGCAUGUGUUCGUUUGUGCGCGGAGAAAACAGGCGCGCGCGCUUGCGCUGUCGCUCGCGCAUGCCUUCAAUGAUGCUUAUCAGGCAUGGCAGUCUCAAGGCAGCUCACUGCAGUCAACUGGAAAACGCACAAACCCCUGGGUGGAAUUUGCGGAAGAUUCGGAUGAGGAGACAGACAAUGAACACUGGCAAUCACCCGCACCCCUCGUGACUUUCGCAUAAACUUUAAAAUAUUAUUUUUAAUUUUUAUUUUAGGAAAUUAUUACGUAAGAUUUUAUUAAAUAUAGAAAAAGUGUACUAAAAGAAUGGGUAGCAAAGCUUUAGACGUGUAUUUUAGGUGCCAUUGAGGUAGACUGCAUAAAAUUAUUCUUAGUUAUUUUUUAAAUUUGAUUUUAUGUAAAUAUUUAAGUAAUUGUGUUAUUUAGAAUAAGUAUCAAGAAUUCAUAAAGUGCCGAAAUUCUCUAUUAAGUCUAAGAUACUAUAUUGUAAGUUUUAAAAUAAAAUACGUAAAUAAGUUUAAAAGUGUCGAAAUAUAUAAAAUAAAUUGUAUUGUUAA